AUGUCUUCGGAAAAUCAUUCAGAGGCUUUCUAUUCUGCUGAUGAAGACACGAGUCAUGGAUUAAGUGGAAGUCGCACAUCAAGCUUGCGUCAAUCUAUUGUCGGAUCUGGUUCAGUAUUAAAUCGUAAUGAUAGUAUGAAAAAGAAGUUCUCUUCAGACUUAUCUAUUGUAGAAAGUUCAACAAAUGUAAAUGUUUCCAUAUCUGAGAAAGCACAUACUUUAGAGAGAGCAAAACCACAAACGAUAAGUACGAAACGAAGUCCUAGAGUAAAUCGAAAUACCAGUUUCCAAAAUGAUGUUGAUUCGAACGGUGGAAAUGGUGUAUUACGUGAUUCAUCCGAUAGUCAUUCUGUUUCUUCUACUAGUUUCAUAUCUGCGGUAUCGUCACAAGAAGAUGUUACUCUUGUAAAUUUGCACAUGCAAGUAAAUAAGCCUAUUGUUGAUUCUCCACUUCUAAUGUCAAGCUACGUUAGUCAUUUAACUCAGAUACGUUGCUUAAAUUGGAGUCAAUCAUCAAUACCAGCAGGAAAUGCUGCAUUUACUACACCACUUUUUCAGCGUACUGAGGAUGGUAGAUUAGUUUAUGUUGGUGGAAGAUAUGUACCAAAAUUUGAAACUGUCACUGAAGGAUUUACAUCAUUAAAAAUGAUUACUAGAUCUGAUGGUUCACCUGUAGCAAAUUCAACUAAUGAAACUCCUACACAUCCAUAUCUUUGGGAUAGUACAACUAUUAAUCAUAUGGAAGGAGAAGAAGAUCAUACAACCCACAACAAGGAAGAGUUAUUAACCGUGCAACAUGAAAAUGGAUCGCGGACAACGGUUAUUGUAAAGUUUAAGGGAGAUGUAGAUAUUAUGUUAAGUCCUAUGGUACUAGAAUCUUUGCAACGUUUCAUCGAUGCUAUCAUAUCGACAUUAGCAACUUUACAUCCAUUAACAAUUUUAAAUCAUCUCCAUCAUGAAUGCAUUGGAAAAGUUGAAGAUGCUAAUAUUUUGAAGCAAGAUCAAAGUUUAUCCUACUGGAGUCAAGUACAAACUAGUUCAAAACGAUCCACUGCUGAAAGAAAUAUUAAGAAUGGGCAAGGUAAAAUUGCAUUGCAAACAAAUGUGUAUGAAGAAAGCAUCAUGACACAAGUACAGGGCAGUAUUAUUUUACCAAAGAUGAAUAUAACUUUGCUGCAAGCUUCGGUUGUUGAAGAAAUUAUAUCCUUUUCUGCUCUUGAAAAUAUACGUGAUUUAACAUGUGUAUCAUUAUUUGCCAUUUGUUUUGAUGAUGUAACAGCAAGAUUUUAUAUUGGAAAACAAGCCAGGGAAGUAGUUCAAACAUUCCAUAAACCAGCUGUAUUACCGAAUCAAAAGAAAGUUAAUAAAAUUAGUAAAGCAUUUUUACCUGGACAUCAAACAGCUGCUGUGGUUGCAGAUAUUGGGAGUGGAGAAACAGUAUAUAUAGAAACUUCUGAAAAACAGCAAGAAGAAAUUGUAGUUACAUUAAAUAUAGGUAAAGCUCAUUCUCAAUUACGUAGACUUAGAAAUGAAUCUUCAAUAUUAAAAGAUGCUGUUAUAACAGCAAUUCCUGUUCAUUAUUCAAGAGUGUUAUUCACAUGUACUAGAAUAACUUCUCCACUAAAAUGUGUUGAUUAUUAUUUACAUCAAUUUACAGAUGACAAAGAAAAAAGUAAACAAUCUGGAUCUCCACAAGCAACAGAAGAAUUUACUCUUGGUAGUGGAGAAGAUAGAUUAGGUUUUAUAAUGUUUGAAUGUGGUUUAGAAGGAAUCAAAUUGAAAGUAGUUAAAAGAUCACAAUUUGAAAAAGGAGAAAACGGAAAUGACAGUAAAAAAGUUGAUGCUGAGAUAUUUUAUACAGAUAGUGUAAAGAGUCAAGAGGAAUUAGAUAAUGCAGCUGUUUCUGCUAUAGGUACAGCAGAUCCAGAAACAACUUCAACAAACUUGCAUAAUGGAGCACAAAUAAAUACUAGUGUAACAUGUGCUAGUCUUGCCUCAAAAGCAGGAAAUGGAAACACUGUUUCUUGUAUUAUAGAAUUAAAGACAGUGUGGUUUAAUUUUGCAGCACCACCCCGUACCCCGAUAACGAGAAAAAUUGAUUACACUCGAUUAGAUUGGAAUUUACUAAGUACAGCAUCACCUGCUAUAAAUGCUUGGAUGAAUCCUAGCAAUAAGUUUGCAAUUCGAAUUGUACAUAUGUUCAGAACUAUGUAUCGGAGGUCAACUGCUAUUGUUGCUUGUCUCAUGGCAGAAGCAUUAGAUGUUCAAGCGACGCACAUGCCAACCAAGAGUCGCUAUGGAAGAUUAACACCAUUAGCAAAAACAUUACAAGAAGAUCCAUCUUGUCAGCUAUGUACAAUUUUACAAAAUUACGUUUUAUUAAACGAAUUAAAAAGCAUUGAGGCUAAUUUAAAAGAAUCCGAUUUACCUUUGUUAUCAACACUUCGACAAGGAGUUAUAGUAUUGAGCAGGCAAUGGAAAAAUGUUCUAUAUACGCCACUAUUAUUAGAACAUAAUUAUAAAACCAAACAUGUUAAACCAGUGAAUGUCACAUUUGCAGUUACAGAUCCAGAUGAGGAAAAUUUGCUGACUGAUGGUGAGGGUAGCGCAGGAGAAGUUGAUGAUCAGGAAGUCACAGAUGAAUGUGCUAUGUUAAUUGACACAGACCACAUGUACAAGCAUACACAUGUCAAGAGUGGACAAGAUAAAAGUACAGGUAUUUGUGGUGAUGGUUUGACGGUUCCUGUAAGUUCUCCUCGGGGAAAAGACACAACCCCUAUAGCAACACCGGUUCCAGGCCCGGAUUCAUUAACCUCCCCCUCUCCACCAGUAGUUCGUCUAAAAAAAGGAAAAUCACUACAACCCACGCAAAUGCCUGCUAGUACACGAGCAAGUAUUGUUUUUCCAUUGCUUGCAAGUGGUGGGUUAUUCAAUCAAACUCGGGAACCAAAUAAUAUAUGUUAUGGCACAUUGCGAGAAGAGAAGACGCCGCAAAUCCAUAUUUCUCAUUCUCAUCAGCUUGGUUCUAAUCCAAGUAUCUGUUCUGGAGGUGGACAUGGUAGUCAACAUAGUACUGGAAGCUUGGAUCAGGUCACAUCUCCCACAAGUCAUUAUUCCAAUAAACCGUUAAAUACUGGGGAAGAUUUAUAUAGUUGGAUGGCUAAACAACAAGAGUUUAUAAAGGACAAUGAUAAAGGCAAUUUAAAAGGAAAUUGGGUCUUUCAUCCAGAACAAAAAUCUUUAAAGGAUUCUAAAAUUAAUACAAUGACAACAGAUGAUACAGAAGAUUCUGAUGUUCAUAGUGGAACACUUCUUUAUCCCAUGAAAGAUUCACUUAGACUUUUGGAUGCACAUUUAAUUUUUGAACCACUUCUAUCUUCUUUAUCUGUUAUGCCACAACAAAUGUUAUCUGCUAUUGGUUCAGGAAAUGUAAACAAUAUAUCUUCCUUAGACUCAUUAGGAUCAAAUUUAUCUUUGGUAGGAAAUAUGGAGACUAUGCGUAUUGAUAUAGUUGUGAGUGAAUUCGGAAAAGUAACUGAUAAAAGGAAGGGUAAUAAAUAUCAAGUAAAGAAGGGAAUCAAUUCGAAAUUUCAUCUUGAUAUACCACCAGAAACACCAGCAUUUUUAUGCGAAAAAAUCGGUAUUGAUAUUGAUGUUAAGAAAAGAGCUGAUAUGACGGUAGAUGAUAUGAUUCAAGAACAAACUGUUUUAUACAUAUCUCGGGGCCAAUUGAAAAAACAUACAAGUACAGUUGUGAAUUUUAGUUUAAAUAUACGAUACAUUAGUCAACAAGUAAACAUGCCUCUUCUCAGAUUAUUACAUCAAAUUAGUAAUAUGUAUCAAAAUGUUAAAGAAACACAAAUGGAAUUAAAAGAACAACAACCAGAGUGUAAACGAAAUAAUAAUUUAAUUGUUAAUGAUACAACAGUAAAAAAUGGAUCAUCUUCAACAUCUGAUUUACAAGAGCAACUUUUAUUAGAAGGAAAAAAAAUAGAUGCUCCAUUACUCCGUAAUAGUUUUGAACCCAAUCUUUCAAAAGUGAUAUCACCUGGUGCGAGUAUUCGAUCUCGGCCUCAAAGUUUUGCUCAAAAAUUACGUAGUACAGGAAAAAGUGUAAAAGGAUAUAUUAAUUUGAGCGAAGGUGUGAUAACUCCAAAUUUUGGAGCCAGUCCAAGUGGAUCUGGGUUAGACAAAUUCUGUGUACUUUCCGAUAAAUGUAAAGAUGCGACACAUUUAACGCCACGAUGCUGGAAAACGAUUUAUUAUUUGUUGGAUUUAUACGCUACUCGACCAGAAACAAAAACUAUUACACAUCGUUUUUCUAUACCAGCAGACGCUUCGGAACAUUAUAAAAGCGGUAGAAAAUACGAAUUAUUAAACGAAACCAAGGAUGCAGAUAUUGAAAAAGGAUUGAAUGCUGAAAAUAGUUCAACGCCAGUGCCACUUCCGCGGGAAUUAAAUAUCGUUACGGGGGAACGGACAAGAUUACUUAUUUUUGGUGUUGCUCGAAUACAUAGAACCAGAUUAUUAGCUACUCUCAGUGGAUUAAAACUUGAAGCAGAAAUAACGAGCCUUCACGCAAGUUUUACAUGUCGUAAAAAAUCCAGACCCGCCAGUUUAGAAUGUAGUUUAAGUGGACAAAUUGGUAGAACAAUGAUUGUUCUAUUAGAAGGUGUUGCACCUAAUCAACAAACAGUUGUUAAAGUAACUGUAGGAAAGUCGCAAGCUUUGUAUUCCAGUAUAAGUAGGCGACAAAAAGAUAAAAAUAGUGGAUUACUGACUGUCGGUGCCGUCAAUAUUGAUAUUCCUCAACAUCCAGUAGCUUUACAUGGUAUGAUGACUAGAGGUAGUAAACAAUUAUCAUCGACUUUACAAGAACUAAGGGUGACAAGAACAUCUUCAAGAAUGUCCAGAGGUCAACAACAGGAUGAAGUAGAUACAGGAGUACCUGGUAGUCCACAUCAUUAUGCACCAGUACCAUCAGUUGAUUUAGAAAAACCACAAGUUGUAUCUAGUUUGUUAGAACCAAUUGUAAUGCAGUUCCACAUAAUACUUCAAAGUUUGAGUAUAACAGCAGCUCUACUACCAUCUUUACAAGCACAAUAUAAAAUGGAUCAAGUAACUAGUUCCGGUAUAACUGGUAGUAAAGCUAAAUUUACAAUAGAUCUACCUCGUCAUACUUUGAGUUUUACAACGAAACUUCAAGUGGCGGAAGCAAAUUUACCCUCCGAAGCUAGUAUUGGACUUCCUAAAGUACAUGUAUCUGCAGAAUAUAUUCAAGAUGGAAACAGUAACAUAAAUGAUAGUAAAUUAGCUGAUGGUGUUGUAUUAAGACAAGGCAGCUAUCUUAGUGCAACUGCGGAUAUCGGUACUUUUGAACACUCCUUAACCACGGAUCUUCUUAAUCAUUUGGUAUUUGUACAAAAAGUAUUUAUGAAAGAAGUAAAUGAAGUUGUACAAAAAGUUUAUGGUGGAGAGAAGCCAGUUCCUUUAUGGUUAGAAGAUGAAGAGCCAAAUAAUGCGGUUGUAAAAAGAAUAUUAUUUACAUUAAUUAUUCGUAUUAAGCGGAUACAGUUAACAGCAACAACACCAACGAAUUCGGCAGUUCGAUUAGAAACUGGAGCUGUUGAACUUCAAUUAUCAAAUAGAGUACAAAAUGUUUCUGGUGCUACUCAACCAAAUCCAUACAUGAAAUUAUUUGGCAAAGCACAAGUUGACAUUAAUUUAAGUCUUGGACAAUUAUUAAAAAAUGUUCUAUUUGAAGAAGCAGAACCAGAAUUUCAGCAAUUUGCCUUUUUUAAUACUAGGGUAGGAUUACGGAAUGCUUUUCAAGAAGAGAUGGUAGAAGGUGAAGACAAAGAAGUAGUUUUAAUUACGCUAAAGCGUCCAUUAAUAUAUGUUCAGCCAAUGGCUAUUGAUAAAGCUAUACUUGUUUGGCUAAAUUAUAAAAACGCAUAUGAAUAUUGGAACGAGAAGAGAGCUAAUUUAAAUAAAGAGGUUUUAACCGCCACACAACAAGUAUUUGAAAAAGUUCCAUUUGGUCAAAUAACGAGUCAAUUAAGUGCUCCUCAUUUGGGGACAUUAUUUUUACAAUUGACUGUGGAUGAUAUGGGUAUUUGUUUACCGCUUAACCCUCUACCGCCUACAUGGGGUAUGAAUAGAGGGUUGUACGAUGGCGAAUCAAGAGGUGCUGUGGUAGUGACAUUAGAAAAUACAAGCAUAUCAGCAUGCAGCAGUGGUAGCUUAGUUAGUAAAGCAAGAUUUAUGGGUUUGUGUUUGAGAUUUGCUGAUGACUUUGAAACUUCCUUAGAUGAUUGGAAACCAGAUGUAACUGAUAGUAGCAUAAUGAAUUUAUGUAUGGUAUCUGAGGGCACAUAUGAAGUAUGUAGUAGAACAAUUGCACAAAAACAGGACAAGUCUGAUAAUGCCAAGUGGAUUUUAAAUGUACAGUGGCAAAUGGAAGGUGUUGAUAUUCAUCUAGAUGUUAAUGUAGGACAACAAUUGUCAGCACUUGGACAUACACUAACAAUGUUGACUGGUUCUGAAGAAGAUGAUAUUCAUGUACCUGCAGAUUAUGAUAGCGAUGAUGCGGAUCAACCAGAUAAUAGUACUAGCCAGGUUAAAAAAAAAGAGAGUAUAUUAAUGAAGAAGUCAAAAAAUUGGACAGAUAGUCUACCAGCAUUUGUUUUCGAUCCAACGCUUGAUGCAAAAAAGAGAUCGAAGUUAAUUGAGAAAGAGAUGCAUGAACAGGCAAAAAUUAUAAAUGAUUUACGAUCAUUAGGUGCUUCUCAUGGAACUAUAGAACAAGAAAUGAAACGUCUUCAUGAAUUGGAAGCUAUGGUUUUCAAAGAUUUUAGGAGAGAUAUGAUUCAAAAGUUGAGAAGACAGUCGGUUAAAGCUUCAGGGAUAAAAGGUAAAUUAGGAUUAGGUGGGAAACCAAAUACCUAUCGAUCACGUUCGUUUAUUGUACCCUCACCAACGCUUGAAAAUCAACUUGAAAGUCCUGAAGAUAUGAAUAUGGAAGUCAAUUCAGCAAAUUCUGCUAGUUAUGAAAGUAGCCCUAGAAGUGGUCCAAGCCGAUCUGCUUCCCUUCGCGUAAGAGGACUUAGUGGACCACGAGUUACUUUCAGUGAUACACAUACAAUGGGCAGGCAAUCGUCACUUCCAAGUGCUGGUUCUGAGUUAAGUUUGCCAGAAGGCGAAUUAGAAUGGCCAGAAACUAUCGAAAUAGAUGGAGAACGAGUUGAAUUAAGAAAAAAAAGUAGAGAUGUUAGUUACACUUCAAGUUAUGAUAGUAUGGAAGGAAAUGCACCAUUGCUUGAUUCAUUUGGGAAAGAGCAAUCAUCAUCGACCUCAUCACCAUAUAUAACACCUCAAAAAGCUCAAGAGCCUAAUAUAGAUUUUGAACUUGAUGUAAAAGUUUUAAUUAAUAGUGGUAAAUGUGUACUCCACACAAAGGAUCCAGGAAAAGAAGAUGAAAUUAAAAUUAUGAGUAGAAUGAAGAAAGAACGAUCAUGUUCAGGAGGUACAUUUGAAUUUCAACCAAGCAGCCCUAGUAGUAGUAGAAAACACUUAAGUAGCAAAGAAAAAUCAUCUACUACAAGUACAUCUCGAUUAAGAUAUUUACAACACACUAAUGUACCUUUAGUAGAUUUAACAAUUUUUCAUAUUCCUGGCUUAGAUGUGAAGGUGCAUUAUGAAUCUAAAACACUCCCAGAAGAAUCUGUGUCUUCCCGUGUAUCAUCUGAUAAUAGUUUGCUUAAUCCUUCAUCAAUGACUGUGUUUAAAAAAUCUAGCACUAAGAAGGCUAGUUUAUUUGCUUGGAUGACUCUUCAAAGUAUACCAGAAGAAACUAUAAUAAGUCCACAUAUUCUUGAAUUUUUGGAACAAACGUUAGAACCAAUACCGAGUAAAACCAAUUUUCAUAGUAAUGCACAAACGAAUGCAGUAUUUCCAUUAGAGAACGCGGAAAGUACAUCUUGGGCUGCUACUGCAGCGAGCAGUAAUUACGUUUAUGCGAGUUUUCCUGUUGAUGUAAUAGUAUAUUUUCAUAUGCAACCAUCUACGUUCAGAUUUUCUUGCUUACCUGUUUCUCGAGUGGAAUGCAUCUUGCAAUUGCCGUCCCUUGAUAUCGUGUUUUCGUCCAAGCGUGCGGAAGAAGAACUUAUAGAGUUUAGAGAAUACAAAUCUCCACAUACUACACACAGUACUGGAAAAGAAGCGGCUUCAGCGAUUGGUGGACUAUCUGUUACUGGUUGUCUUGCUGAUUUUUCUGUUUAUAUUUUUCAUCCCUAUGGUGGUGGAAAGAAAACUGGUUUGAAAGAAGCACAGUGGUCACCUUUAUCAGAUAGCGAAAGAAAAGAUUCUUUAAGUAUCAAUGUCGCAUUUGUAAAAUUUCACAUGUCAAGAAGUCGUAAAUUAAAUAUUCAAAGUGAACAGUCAAAAAAAAUGUCAGAUACUAGUCGUGCAGGAAUACGAUUUUCUACAAUUGUUGAUAUCGGAUCUGCCUCGUUUAAAUAUGAUAUGCGAAGAUUAAGUGAAAUCUUGGCCUUUCCAAAAGCAUGGUAUAGACGUAGUAUAGUACGUCGAUUAUUUUUAGGAGAUUUAAGUUCAGGUACUGCGUAUUCUGAGGGUGAUGGCAGCCCUUCUCUGAAUCAAGACGAGGCAGUUAUGGGUAGCUCACUGUUAAAACAUUAUGAUCGUCAUGGUGCUGAUGGAUUAUCAAAAAGUGCUCCAGAACGAAGUCCAACAUUGAACAGAGACAAACUAAGAUUAAGCUUGGAGGGUGAUAUACCGAAGCACGCACGAUUGAAAGAUAUCGGUAGAGGAUGGAGUUUUACUUCUGAUAAACAAACGUCUUCAGAACUUAAAUUAAGAGAAUCUGCAUGGGAGACAUUGGUAUUAUUUGCCAUAAAUUUCACUCGUUUAAAUGUCCAUAUGAACAUGGGCAAUGUAAUGGGUAAUGUUACAUGGAUGACAAAGGAUUUUAGAUCUGAUGGUAGGCUAUCCAUAGGUAGUACUGGACAUAAGAAUUUAUACAUAGGUAUUGGAUUAGGAGGUUCCAGUUUGGAUGCAAAGGGUGGUAUUGUUGGUGGUAUCAUUGAAUUGAGUGAAAUUGAUACAUACAUACACAUAAGAGAAGAGCCUGGUAUUGAACCUGAUCAUACUGUAGGUUUAAAACUGUUUGCAUUAGAAUUGCGUUUAGAUUAUAUGGGAACAAGUGUAUUGAUGUCUAGAGUAUCUUCAUUGGAUGUUACAUUAAGAGAUGAAUGGAAAAUUAAUCGUAACAAUAGUGGAGAUGCUUUUAUGCCGACGAGAAGACCUGCAGUAAUUUUUAUGCACGGUGACUUAGGAUGGGAUCAAUUACAGAUUAUGAUUAGUAAAUCAACAACAGCGGAUUUACUAAAAAUGUACUAUAAAUUGGAUGAAUUUUUCAGUCAACAAUUUAAAAGUAGUAAACGAGUAUUUAGUUCUUUACAACCAAAACAUCAAAGAGUAAAUAACAGUAGUUUUAGGAAAAGAACACAAAAAAAGAAAGCUACUAAUGAAGGUCCAUGGAAUACAAAUCAAACUACAAUGUCAGAUGCUCGUCACCAUAGACAUUGGCAAGGAGUAUUAGCACAAGUAGCUGGACUUCAGUUGGGUAGUUUAAGCUUUUCUUUACCAUCAACAGGAACUGUGCUUGGGGGAACAAUGGAACUACAUGGAUGUAAUAUUAGUUUAGCUUGCUUCCAUGGACUUAAUUUCAAAAGUAAAAGUUGGGCACUAUUUUCGUUAAAAGAACCAUGCAUUAGCUUCACCACUGAAGCUCAAGAAAUUCCAAGUGUUGAAUCCCCAAAUACACGCGACGUUCACGUUGUACAAACGUUAACCAUCAGUUUAGGCCAACAACAAGAACAGCAUGCAAGACACCAUUCUAUGGCUACUGUUUGCAGAUUUAGUCGUAGUGUGCUUUUCCCACCACAAUUUAAAUCACUGCAAGAAUGGUUUCAUUAUGCGUUUGCUAGUAGUGAAAUUGACGCUGUGGAUCGAUUUCCUUGCGUUGAAAGAGAACGAACAGAUAGUACAUCUGAUAGUGGCAAUAUAACUCGUGGUAGAAGUACAUCAACAACUUCUGGAAAAUUACAAGAACAUUCUCAUGCAAGGGAAGUUAUAUUUGCUUUACCAUCAUUGCAAUUACAUUUAAAAACUGAACAUCUUCAAACAGCUAAAACUCCAGUUGUUAUCGGUGAAAAACCACUAGUUGAAUGUAGUUUUAUCACAGAAUUUGAAGAUCAUAUCUUCGUUACGGUAGACGCAGAGGCCUUUUUCUUCCUUCAUGAUUUGAUUACUUCAUACGUGAAGGAAAAAGAAAAAGUGAAUAUGGGUGCCCGAGCACACAGUCCAGAUCCUCAAGAGAAGAAAGGUGGAAGUACAAGUACUAGUGGAACUUCUGCUACAACAGUGAUUAAUUCCGAAGAUGAGAAGAAACGUAAACAAUUUGAUCCAGCAGAAAUGUUUAUAAAAGAUUGGCGAUCUUAUAGAUGUAAAACAUGGCAUGUAGAACCAACCGUAAGGUUACUUUCUUGGGCCGGUAAAAGCAUUGAGCCCUAUGGAAUAGAUUACAUCUUACAAAAAUUAGGAUUUUCUCAUGCUCGUACAACGAUACCAAAAUGGAUUCAACGAGGUUUUAUGGAUCCUUUGGACAAAUUAUUAGCCAUUCUUAUGUUAAGAAUGGUUUCAGCAGUUCGUGAGGAACCAUCGGAUGAACAGAAAGAACAUAAACGAGAAAAAUAAUAACUGCACUUAUAGGAAUAAAUGUUCAGAAGAAAUUAGAGUGAAAGGUGAAACCGUACAAUAAUCGUCCAAGAUAAUAAUG